AUGACUAUUCUUGUACUUGGGGGACGGGGUAAAACGGCCAGUCGUCUUGCGGCUCUUCUUGAUGCUGCAAAAACUUCAUUCCUGGUUGGAUCUAGCUCGACUUCACAGGAAAGCCCAUACAACUCUUCCCAUUUCAACUGGUAUGAAAAGACAACGUGGGACAACCCAUUUGCAGAGAUUGGUAAACAUGGAUUGCAACCGAUCUCAGCCGUUUAUCUGGUUGGACCCCCUACCAUGGACAUGGUCCCACCUAUGAUCCAAUUCGUUGAUCUUGCUCGCUCUAAGGGAGUCCAGCGAUUUGUGCUUGUCAGUGCCAGUAAUAUUGAGAAAGGCGAUCACUCGAUGGGUCAGGUCCACGCCUAUCUAGACUCUCUACCAGGAGUUGAGUAUGUGGCACUGAGGCCGACGUGGUUCAUGGAGAAUCUAUUGGAAGACCCCCAACGGACAUGGAUCAAGAACGAGAGUCAAGUAGUAUCAGCGACAGGAGAGGGCAAGAUCCCCUUCAUCUCAGCCGAUGAUAUUGCCUCCGUUGCUUUCCAUUGCUUGACAGAAUGGGGCUCGCAUAAGACAGAAUACAUCAUUCAAGGCCCAGAGCUCCUCUCAUACGGGCAGGUUGCGGAGAUUCUCACCUCGAUCCUCGGCAAGAAAAUCACCCAUCACAGUUUGUCGGAAGCAGAAUAUACCAAGAUUCUGGUUGACGAAAUUGGAAUGCCUGCAGACUUUGCAGCUAUGUCUGCUGCGAUGGAAGUUGAUGUCAAAAAUAGUCCCCAGGAAACUCUCAACGGUUCUGUCGAAGAAGUGACGGGGAACCCACCAAGGUUUUUCAGGACCUUUGCAGAGCACGAGAAGCAAAAAUGGGUGUAG